GCCUCAAAUGCCGCCAUCUUUGACUGUGCAGACAAAAAAAAAAUUGAGACGGCAAGACUUUUAUUUAUUUUUGCAAAAAGAACGAGUAUAAAACUUUGUAGAAUUACAUGACCGUUUGCAUUCCAUUUUGAAAAUGAAUUUAGGGCUAUUAGAGACGUUUGGACAGAACUUUCCAGAGGAAAGUGAUGGCACCUUGGAUUGCAUUAGCAUGGCGCUGACCUGCGCCUUCAACAAACGAGGCACCCUACUGGCUGUGGGCUGCAACGACGGUCGGGUGGUCAUCUGGGACUUCCUGACCCGGGGCAUUGCUAAGAUCAUCAGCGCACACGUCCACCCGGUCUGCUCAGUGAGCUGGAGUCGGAAUGGCCACAAGCUGCUGAGUGCUUCCACAGACAACAUGAUCUCUAUCUGGGACGUGAUGAGCAGCGAUUGUGACCAGCGGUACCGGUUCCCGUCGCCGGUGCUCAAAGUUCAGUUUCAUCCACGGAACGAAGCAAAGAUCCUGGUGUGUCCCAUGAAGCACGCACCGAUCAUCCUCAACAUCGACGGCAGUUACUCAGUCGUACCGACAGAUGAUGAUUUUGAUCUUAAUAUUGUGGCAUCAUUCGACAGAAGAGGGCAAUACAUCUACACGGGCAAUGCUAAAGGGAAGGUUCUCGUCGUGUCCACUGAAAAUCUGAAAUUAGCCGCGUCCUUCAAAGUAACGACCGGCACUAGCAAUACCACGGCCAUCAAAUCCAUAGAGUUUGCUAGACGUGGCAACUGUUUCCUAGUCAACACAGCCGACCGCAUCAUCCGUGUCUAUGAGAGUGGGGAGGUACUGGCCUGUGGUAAAGACGGGGAGCCGGAACCCAUACAGAAGCUGCAAGAUCUGGUCAACAGAACACCCUGGAAGAAAUGCUGCUUCUCGGGGGAUGGAGAAUACAUCGUUGCUGGGUCAGCCAGGCAGCACGCCCUCUACAUCUGGGAGAAGAAAUACGGCAACCUGGUGAAAAUCCUGCACGGCACCAGGGGAGAGCUGCUAUUGGAUGUGGUCUGGCAUCCAGUCCGGCCAAUCAUAGCGUCCGUCUCAAGCGGUGUUGUCUCCGUCUGGGCCCAGAACCAAGUGGAAAACUGGAGUGCUUAUGCCCCAGACUUUAAGGAGUUAGACGAGAAUGUGGAAUACGAUGAACGAGAGAGUGAAUUUGACAUCGAAGAUGAGGACAAGUCGGUGGAGGAUCCUGUGGAUAUUGCUGUGGAAGAUGAAGAGGUAGACGUUCUUGCUGUUGAACCAAUCGCUGCUUUCCUCAGCAGUGAUGAGGAGGCAGAAGAUGAGAGGGCCUUGCUGUAUCUCCCCAUCUCUCCGGAAGUAGACGAACCAGAGGAACCCACCUGGGCACCCACGAUAGACCCUACGGAUGAGCCACCACAGGCCGAGACACAGAAACGAGCAGCACCGAAGGAAUCCGCCCUGCUGUCACCGAAGAAGAAGAAAGUCAAAGUGUUAGAUAUUGAACUGCACGGCGAAGCUGCUGAUGAAAUCCACCCUCUCCUGUCCAACAAAAGCGACGGCAAGACAAAACGGCGAGGGCCACCCCCCGGGAAACAGAGGGGCGGCCAGGACGGGAGACGUGGCAAAUCAAAACAUCGCAACAGACACCAGGAUGAUUAGGAAGGAGCUUCUUAAGGCCAAAAAAAAAAAGUCUUCGGUUUCUGGUAUGCGCGCGCGUCG